AUGGGGCAUAGUCGUGUAUACGCCAUAGGCCCUGUUCUUCCGUUAUCUCAUGGUGGUGGUCCGACGUUAGAUCACGUGAUGUCGUGGCUAGACGCAAGUGAGGAUAACCACAUGCUGUACGUGUGUUUCGGAAGUCUAGCAGUGUUGACAAAGGAGCAGACUCUUGCGCUCGCUUCCGGGCUAGAAAAAAGUGGGGUCCAUUUUGUGUGGGUGGUCAAGGGAGAAGACUCGCCACGUGGAAACAUCCUAGAUGGUUUUGAAGAUCGUGUGGCUGGGAGGGGUCUAGUGAUCAGAGGAUGGGCCCCACUAGUGGAAGUGCUGCCGCACCUGAGCCGUGGGAGCGUUUCUAACGCAUUGCGGUUGGAACUCCGUGGUGGAAGCGGUGGUCGCUGGCGUGUUGAUGCUGACGUGGCCGAUGUGUGCGGACCAGUUUAUAGAUGCGUCUUUGGUGGUGGAUGA